AUGAAUAAAGGCGAAAAUACCUUCGGCGGUCGGCGUGCCUAUCAAGACACAGCCAGACAGAAUGCCAUCAUCGAUGAAGGUUGCUCCCUCCCAGAUAGCCAAGACUCAUUCACGCAAAGUCCUCGCCGAUACAUGGAUUCGCCUUUGACAUCUCAAGCGGAUAAGAGUGUCAUCGAUCCUGCGCUCCUUGGCUCUUACCGCAAUACGCGCCCUCCCUCAAGCCCAACCCAGCAUACCCUAAGCGCGCUGACUGGUGCACCACCGUACGAUGGCGCAUAUCAUAGCGCAACCUCUGGCUUCUUUGAUCAACGUGCAGAACUCUAUACAAGUCCGUACCAAGCUUAUGAUAAUGCGGGCUUUCCACACCUCCUUCAACCCUAUGGCCAACAUCAAGCGGUAACUCCCGCUCCACUUGACGAGGGUGGCAGCACACCAGCCGCUUUGUCCCAUCAGUCGGGUGCUAGUGAACAUUCGGACCCCUCCACUAACCUUCCUGUUGAUACACAACCGACAAGCACUCGUUCCGACAACCGGGUCGAUAGCCAGCAACCUUCAAAUGCUGGUUUACAAAAUGGAGGUGGAGAGGAGACUGUCUCUGGUAUCACGAAACUCAUGAAGAGAACUUCUGUGCAGAAGCCACGAGGACGAUAUCUCCAAAGAUUUCCAGACCUGCAAGAAGAAGCUUCCGGAUCUGCACAGCUCCCCAUCCUAGAGGAAGACGCGGGAUAUCUCACCCCGGAGGAGGAAGACGAACUAUCGCCACUUCCAAAUCCAGCCUUUUGUUGUAGAGACAUGAAAACGGCGUAUAAGGCUAGCACUGAAUUCGUCUACACACAUCUGAAGGUUGCUAGAGUCUUCUGGACCCUCUUCGCUGGACCAACUCCAGCUUUACAAGUGGCUUCACGUCCUGUCGAGCAUCAUUCUCAACGGAGUAGGCCGUUGACUCAAGUCGAGACAGCCAUUUGGCUGAUUGGCGUUGCAAAGAUCUUUCCCAAAGUGUCAUCGGGAUCCGUAAAGCCGCACCAACGCCAGAGCAACCCUGAGACUAAGCUUGGCCCUCAUGCCUUCUUUAUGACUGGCCUCGGAGAGCAUUGGGCUGUCAAUGAAUGGAUCCGCGUCACAGACACCGGUGAUGAAAACUUCCUGAAGGACAAGCUGACGGCAAUUGACUGCAACGGAUACAACAGACUAAGAAUCGGUUGCCCAAACCACAAUAAUGAGUAUGCGGUCGGCUUUUGGGCUCGUUCGGAUCUGGCUCAGGUGGAGCAGAAUCUCAGCACGAGCAUUGCUGAUGGGCGUGCUCGCGAGGAGGAAGCGCGGAAGCCAAUCAUGCCCCAGAGAUCCACACACGCUAUCCCCGAGGCUCGCGUCCCAAAGAGACCACAACACCCAAAGCCAGAAGAACCCGAAGAACAUGCUCGCAAGAUCCCCCGGUAUUCGUUUGGAGCUACUCAUCCCUCUGCCUACCGAAAUGCACAGAUCAAUGCUGGUGUGGUGGGAGAGCAACCUGCCGUCGGAAUGUUACCAUCGCCAGGCGCUCAGCAUGGAAACCAGCAGGGCCGUCAGGGCGGAGGCAUGGGAACCCGAGAUAAUUUCGCUGUCGAGCCACAGCCACCACUAACUGCUGAACAACGAUACCAGCGAUAUCAACAACGAUACGGUAACCAGUUCGGAGCCAUCCAUGGCAAUGGAAGUCAGGACGGCCGUCAAGGCGGACAUUUGGGAGGCCAAAAUGGUUACGGCGCUCAACAACGAUAUCAGGACGGAUAUGGAGUCCAGGAAGGCGCUCGAAGCCGAGAGUUGGGUGUCCAAAAUGGUUACGGCGCUCACCAAAGAUACGGAGUCCAGGAAGGCGGUCGAAGCCGAGAUUUGGGCGUUCAAAAUGGUUACGGCGCUCAACAACCACGCCAGGAAGGAUACGGAGUCCAGGAAGGUGCUCGAAGCCGAGACUUAGGUAUCCAAAAUGGUUACGGUGCUCACCAAGGAUAUGGAAGCCAGGGGGUCCGUCAACGUGGAGAUUUGGGUGUCCAAAAUGGGUACGCCGUGCAACCGCCAGCAACUGUUGGACAACCAGGUCAGCAAGGUUAUAGCAGUCAAGUUGGAGGCACAAAUGUUAAUGGAAGCCAAUCACUCUCGAACUUUCAUGAUCGCUAUCGACACUACGAUCCAUCGCAGUUCACCUCAGUUCACGAGCCCGCGCUGCAACCACCACCUGGAGGAUAUCAGGACCAAGAUGAUUAG